AAAAUUGGACGGUUUUUUUAUCGAUUUCGAAAUGGUGAAUCAGGUGCUGAUGUAUAUGAUCGCGUUAGUUCAUUUAUGGAUAGUUUAUUUCGUGAAAUGGACAAUAGUUUAAUGUCAAAUAAUAAUAUACUUAUUGUUAGUCAUGGUUUAUUUUUGAGAUUAUUUUUAAUGCGUUUUUAUCGUUGGCCAGUAGAAAAAUUUCAUACAUUAGAAAAUUUUAAUAAUGGUGGUUAUUGUAUUUUGGAAAGAAAUGAUCAAGACGGAAGUUUUAAACUUAAAACAAAUUUGAAAAUUUUUCAUGAACAAAAACGAAUUGAAAUGCAAGAUUUAAAAGAACAAUUUAAUGAACAAAGUUUUGAAGAAGAGACUCAUUCAACUUCACAUACAAAAAAUGAUUAG